CAAUCACAAAGUUCAUGUUUGUUGCAAUGAUAUUCAAUACAACUUUAAAAUGUCGCAAUUUUUUUUAAACAAGUUAAAACACUACUAAUGAUAAUAUGCAUAGUGAAAAAACUCUCCUUGAAGUGCGAAAGUUUUAUUUUAUUUAAGUAAAAAACCCCACAUGUUGCACGUUGCACACUUAAAUAACCACAUUGUAUGGUAUUAUGUUGUAUCCAUAGUGAAUGAAAUAUAGAGGUUUUUGCUUUGUCCCACCUUUCUCUAUUCUCCAUUCGAAUGCCAAUAAUAACAUCGGAUCAAUACCUGUGCCCUAGAAAGAAGAAUUAUAAAAUCGAUCUCUUGUCCUAUCCUUGCCCUUAUUUCCUCAAUUAUUGUCCAUUCUAAAAAAAAAUCUCUCAUCAACUUUAAUAUUAAUUCUUCAUUCAAAGCUGUGCGAGUAAGAGUAUACGCAACUUCAUACCAAAAUAGAUUUUGGCACGGUUCCGCUUUAUUCCCGAAAAAUUACAAGUCAGUUCCUAACCUGACUGAUCGCGUUUUGCAACCCGAAAAAAAAAUAUAUUUCGGGAAAAAGUUAUGAAAAGAAUCAUAGUCAUAGUGAAUAGUGAUUUCAGCUAAAAAUGUUUUCAAGUCAAUCUAGGUGAUGAGUUUGUGUUAUGUUAAUUUAAUUUUCAGUUUAAUUACUACUACUUUUUAAAUUUCAAAAAUUACCUAUAAAAAUGAAAGUGAAUAAUUAUUUUUCAUGAAAUACAUAUUAAAUAUUCAAGAAAUAGUUUAUUGUUGGUCCAAUAAAUAAAAAAAAAAUACAUUUGUUUAUCUGUGAUGCAUUACAGAAACAUUAUACAAGUUGAAAAAUAUGCAACUGCUGUCAGAAGCAAUUACACAACUUUGAAAUUUCAAAAUUUACUCACCUGCACUGUUUAUUAUGAAUCAGCUGUGAUAUAGGCUAAAAACUAUUUGAUUGUUGUCUCCUACAACACAUGAAUGAAUCUAUAUUUAGUUUUGAAAAUAAAUUUGUGUAAACAUAAAGAAAAUUAGCUUUUGAUUGUUAGAAUCCUGUAUUCUUAUUUAACUAUUCACUUUCAUCAUUCUUAAAGUUUAUCCAUCAAUGGACAAAAUAAAAGUGCGCGAUUUAAUAAAAAUAAAGUUAUGAAAAAUCCGAGUAUUGAAUCAAAAAUUAUCCGAUCGAGUGUAUCCGAAAUGGCACUGAACGGCAUAGGGCCGUCAAAAUUUUCAACUCAAGUACGUAAAAGCUCUCUUCCCAGGAAUACAUUUCGAGGUGUUAAAAAGGAAGAACUUCAAAGACAAACCAGCAUGUAUUUGGCAUCUAUGACUAUCGACGAACUCUACACCGAAAUGCUCUACGUAAUCCUCCACAACGUCGGUUGCGAUGUCGCUUUUGAAGUCGGCCAAACAGCUUUAUUUUCCUAUGCACAAGACGCUUUUAAAAUACCCAACAGCAAACAUCGCCAACUCAUGGACGUUGCCGAACAAAAAGAAGAUCCAGAAUUAAUAAUAAACGUCGAAGUAAUCGAAGCCAAAGAGCUUAGAGCAAAAGACGCAAAUGGCCUAAGCGAUCCGUUUGUAACGUUGUAUUUAGCUUCGAAUACAUCGCAUCGCUAUAACACUUCAGUUAAAACUAUGACGUUGAAUCCUAUAUGGGAAGAGCAUUUUGCGUUGGCCAUCAACGACAAAUCGGUGAACGAUACAUUGUGCCUGGAAGUUUGGGAUUUUGAUCCUGCUGAAACAGUUAAAGAGAAAUUCGGUAAAUUUUUUGAAGUUAAAGGAGUCAAGGGCAUGAGCAAAUUGGUUAAAGAAAUUGCUGUCACCGCUGCAACUGGUCAGCAUGAGAAUGAACUGAUUGGUGUAGCUAAAAUACCUUUAAGUACAAUUCCAGCUUCUGGUAUGACUAUGUGGUACACAUUGGACAAAAAGAAUAAAGUCACAAGACGAGGUGUUCUUAAAGUUAGAAUUUCAUUCAGUUCUGGCAAGAAUAAUCAGGUGGCUGGUCAGGAACAUAGGCAUAUGAGAAGGAUAAUUUUGUUACAUGAAUUAGAAGUAUCCAAGGUUGCUCCUUAUUGGUGGUGCGAAAACUUCACUCCUCAGGCCGAUCAACUACUAACCCAACAUGUAGCCCAAUCAGGAUUAACUCAAACAGAAGUAGCUCUAUGUUCAUAUUCGGUCUACGCUGGAAUUCAUCAAAAACACCCUUUAAGCUUUGGUUUGUUUUCGAAACUGCUCGAAAAAUUAUUGAAACCUCUUCAGACUGAAAUUAUAAACGAAGAAGACUUGAAAUUAUUUUGGGAAGCUACUAGAAAGCUAUUGCCCUCUUGUCUCAGUAUUAUUAGGAAAAUAAGAAAGAAGACUACAAAUGAAAAGACUAUAAUGAAACAGGUAAUGGAAGUUCUGAAAAUCCUCAAUUACAUCAUCACUUUGGGCCCCACAGACAUCGACCUAUUCCCAUCAAAUUUAUAUCCAUGGAUAACGUUCCAUGGAAAUGGUCCCAACUGUGAUAUACAAGGAGCUUUACGUGAUGCCAUAUCUAAAGGAGCAAAUGAUUGGUUAAAUUAUAUUAUUGAAAAUAAUACAGAAAAUGGAGGUACCUCGAUAUCGAAACUGCAGAAUCUGAUUCAGAUGAUUCAGUUGAUUCGUAGCGAUUUGCAGAAAGCUAUUGAGUAUUAUGAUAAGUUUUUUAUCGAACAUGUCAAUUUCCAAUACGCUAAAUGCCUCUACACGUUCUACCAGGCAAGGGUAGCGACCCUUUGUGAGCCAGACGUUCGGGAAAUUUGUAAGAACCUGAAAACUUUGGACAAUUCUGACUAUAAAUUCGGUGAGGGAUUUGUCAAUGAGGAUCCUACAGUUGAUCCUUUGGCAGAAGGUACUUCACUGUUUGAAUUAUAUUUGGCAAUUCAGAGAUUUGUUACCUUGGGCCAAGGAUUGUGUCCUGCCGAUUAUAAUAGCUUUCAUAUUAGGAAUUUCCAUCAGUGGUUCCAUGUUGGAGUAGCAACUUGGCUAGAUAUAGCUGUCUACAAAGCAUUGCAAAGAAUAGAAAAGGCUGUCGAGCUGGAUCCACUUGUACAUAUUGAUAGCACGGUAAAAUACAGUUCUUCCGCUGUAGAUACUCUUACAAUAUUUUACCAGGUGAACACGUUUUGGCAACAACUCAACUGGCCUGAUGUGGAAGGAUGCUAUACUUUUAUAGCAAAAAUCAUCGACGACAUUUGUCAAUGUUGUGUGUCCUAUGCGAAAAAAAUGGCCGCCAGAGUAGACGGUUUAGGUCACAUAGAAAAUGUCUACGAGAAAAAAUUCGAAGUGACCACUGAAUGGUGCCUAGCCAUAAACAAUAUCGACUAUGUAAGAGAAACGUUGGAACCGUUUACUCGAGAUUUAGGCAUGGAAGAUAUUCUCAAAAAAAUAAUGGAACUGAAAGGUCCAGUGGAUGAAAAAAGGUGCAGAGACACUUUAAAUACUGUUAUAUCGAAUGCUAUUGAUACUGUACGGAAUGCUAUUGUGGAAUUACUUGAAACGGUUGUAAAUAAGAUGAUUCCUUCAAUGAAAAGAUUGCUAAUAGAAGGUGCUGAAUUGUGCGACCAAGACAGCAACUGUAUAGAUCGGUUGAUGAUGUAUGUUGAUGAAAACUUGGGAACUUUAAAUACAGAGUUGAACGAAGAAAAUUUCAAUAGGAUAUUGGAAAUUGUUUGGGAGUCGCUUAGUGAAACUAUAAAUGAACUUAUUAGAAAUAAUUUAGAGAAUCGUCGACCACCUUCAUUUUUCAGCAAUCUUCAUAAAACUCUUAUCCUAAUGUUGGGUGUAUACAAAGACCCUUCUGACUGCAAUAGCUGUGAUGCCUUAAAACGUACUGAACAAGUUUUGAGAGUUAAUGCACUGGAAACUUCCGAUCUCAUUCACGAAGUUCAUUUAGAAUUAGCAGAUAAAUUCGAUCAAUUUACCGAAUCGCCGUACGGAGAGAUUUCAUUUAGAAGUAAAUUUGACGGAGAUACAAUACAAAUCGAAGUUAUAAAUGCCCGUGAUUUGGCCGUUAUGGAUUCCAGCGGUAACAGCGAUUCGUUUGUACGAAUACACCUUCUGCCAGAACACGAAUUUGCAAAUGUAGAAAAGCCAAAAACGAAAACUCAUCAUAAAACUCUGUUUCCGCUAUACGAUGAAACUUUUACCAUGCAAGUUAUUAGAAUAAAUUAGUUUUUAUUAUUUUAACGCUUUUCACUAUUUCAGAAACCUGACUCCCGCGCAACGGGAAAUCGAAAAUGGUUUGGUAUUAUUAAGUGUCAAAGAUAAAGAUUUAUUGGGUUACAAUAAUCAAUAUAUUGGCGAAACUUUUAUUAGGUUCAGGGAUAUUCCGUGCACUAGUGAAUCUCUAAGUGAAUUGCCGCAAGUCAAGAAAUGGUUGGGAAGGCCGACUAGUUUUGACACGGAUGCUUUAAAAGCAUUGGAAAGCAGACAAGGUGAUAAGCAAGCCAAAGAAUUUCUCAAAAAGUUUAAGAACAAGAUAACCCCUUAGAAUUAUAUAUAUACCUAUUUGUUUUUAUUAAUUAGACAUAUUAUGUACUUAACAGACUGUUAUAAUAAGAUUUUAUUUUGUUUAUGUACUAUUUAUUACGUAAUUAGUAAUAUUGAAUUAUAUUAUUAUUUUCUUUUUUGAAUAAAAUUUUUGUUUAUACUCCGAGGGUGAUUUACUUUAAGAGGAAGUAGAUAAACUACAUUUCGAAGUACGUCUGUUUU